AGUUGUCAACCAAAGUUUGACACUGUCAAACUAUGUCAUACUCAUUAUGUAAUGGUUGGUUCUAUCAGUUUGUCAGUGUCAUAAAAUUCUUUGCAAAAGAUUUUUAACUCGUUAUACAAUGGCUUUACCGGUACGGAUUUUGUCUCGCUGCAAAGAUGGCUUAAAGCUUGGCAGCAUCAGAUACGCAAGUUCAACUCCAUAUGCUGAGACAAGAAAAAACUUAGUUCUCACGAAUGAGACUAAAGUUAUUGUACAAGGUUUCACUGGCAAACAGGGUACCUUCCACAGCCAGCAAGCUCUUGAUUAUGGCACCAAUAUUGUGGGAGGUGUGUCACCAAAGAAAGCUGGUAGUGAACAUCUCGGAAAGCCUGUAUUUGGUUCCGUCAAGGAUGCUAAGGAGAAGACAGGAGCUGAAGCUACUGUAAUCUAUGUUCCACCUCCCGGAGCAGCAGCUGCUAUUCUAGAAGCCAUUGAAGCUGAAAUGCCUCUGAUUGUGUGCAUCACAGAGGGAGUACCGCAACAUGACAUGGUUCGUGUUAAACACGCCCUGCUCCGUCAGAACAAGUCGCGUCUGGUCGGUCCAAACUGCCCAGGUAUUAUCGCUCCUGAGAAGUGCAAGAUCGGUAUUAUGCCGGCCGCGGUUCACAAAAAAGGUUGCAUUGGUGUUGUGUCACGUUCAGGCACCUUGACCUAUGAAGCCUGCCAUCAGACCACCGUUACUGGUCUAGGUCAAACGCUUUGUGUCGGUAUCGGCGGUGACCCCUUCAACGGAACCGAUUUCAUUGAUUGCCUUGAAGUGUUCCUGAAGGACCCAGAGACUAAAGGCAUUAUACUCAUCGGUGAAAUCGGAGGCAACGCCGAGGAAUUGGCUUCUGAAUAUUUGACACAGCACAACACUGGUCAAAAAGCCAAGCCUGUGGUUUCAUUCAUUGCCGGUCUGACAGCUCCGCCAGGUAGAAGAAUGGGUCAUGCUGGGGCUAUUAUUUCCGGCGGAAAAGGUGGAGCCAUGGAUAAAAUCAAAGCUCUAGAGAAAGCCAACGUCAUUGUCACCCGUUCUCCCGCCAAAAUGGGUGUUGAACUUCUCAAGGAAAUGAAAAGAUUAGAAAUUGUUUAAUAUUUGAUAUUUUCUCCAUACAUAUUGUAUAGAUUUUUAGUUAUUAUACAUAAAUUAUAUAUUUAUCGCAGUUUCGGUUUUUUUAAAACGAUAAUUAUUUCUAUACUGUAGAUACCUAAUUUGCUAUAAUUUUAAAUCUGAUUUAUGCACUCUGUACUAAGUUCGAUGGUUAGUAGUAAGUGUGUCCAUGUUAAGUGUUAUAACCUGAACGAAUAUUUACUCUUUAAGAUAAAACUUAUUCAAAUAUUGGGUAAAUUCUUCGCCAGAUGCUUUAAGUGUUGUAUUUUUAAAUAAAAUGUUACCUAUACUCAAAUCAUGAAUAUUACCUAUUAAGUCCUAUCUGAAUUUUAUUAAUACAUAAUAAAGGAAAAUAGACA